AUGUCAAGCGUGAUCAAGGCGAAAUUAAAAGUGUCAAGAGAGGCUAUCAAUAAUAAAGAUUGGAAAACUGCUCAAAGGACUGCAGAAGACGUCCUUUCAUACGAUGCAGCCAACUACAACGGAAACGUGUUCUUGGGUCUUGCAUCGUUUGAGUUAAAUGAAAUAGACAAAAGCGAGCAAGCAUAUCGAAAAGCGAUCGAUAUCCAGCCGGAUCAAUUACUUGCUUGGCGGGGCAUCGAGAAGAUUCAGGAGAAGACAGAACGCUGGGAUGAUUUAGACGAAACCUUAGAAAAGGAGAUCGAGAUUGCCUCCAAUUCGGGUGAUGCUACCAAGGUCGCAGAAUUCCUCCAGAAGCUGAUUGAAGUCAGAAGAGAACACGGGUCAGCACUUGAGGUUACCAAUGCUUUGUCUCUCCUUUUGCCCGAAUCUCGAUUAUACGAUGUAUUGUCCACUAUACCUCCACUAGAACCUACGGCUCCAACCAAAACUACGAUAUACGAUAUUCAAGCAGCGAUGGGUAAUUCUCUUCCCGUACUCGAAGAGAUCGUAGCUGUGGUCGAGCGUUCGGAAGAGGAGGCGUACACAAAGGAAGUGGAACGAAGGCGAACUCGAAUCAACGCAGGUACCCAACAAGAGGUCCAAAACGAAGUUGGCCGCGAUAUUUGGGGAGCUUCCAAGCUUCCGGCGCUGUACGAAGAUAUAUUGAACCAUCCAAACACUUCGGAUCAACUAAGGAGAGACACAGAGUCGAAGCUGCUUCGCCACCGGCAGCGAUAUCUGUAUGCUCUCCCUACAAACUCCGAGUAUGCGUCGGAAAAGAAUGCUGCGUACAAGGUCGUUGAAGACAUGGCGAGUGGUGCGGUUCUGCUGGGGCUUCCAGACGAGUUAGCCUGGUCUUGCUAUAUGGAAAACUUGGACGUCUAUGACAUUGAGGGAUACGACUUCGGGGUAUUCCGACGGUUUUCCAAGUUAUUUCGCGGAAAGCCACUAGCAACAUUGCUCACAGCAUACUUGAAUUAUUUGAAUAUUCCUCUAGACGAUGAUGAAAGCGAGACUGCCGUUUCAGAAACCGUGGUUGCCCAGGAACAAGACAGCUCUUAUGACCCUGUAGAAACAAUUCUGACCAAUCUUGCGAAACUUCCCAAGUCGAUUAUUGCACACCGCAUUGUUGGGGAUGUAUACACAGCCGAUGGUGAUCACAAGAAUGCUAUACGUAUAGCCGAAGCAGGAAUCAACCUAGUAAAACGAGCUGAAAACAAUACAGGAAAAAAGUUGCCACUGGUGCGAAAAGCCUUUGAUGUGAUUUUAGCAACCGGGCUGGUUCAUCUUUACCCACCCAAGCAUCAUGCUCGUGCAUCGCGCAUAUUGGAAGAAGUACUCGCUCGUAACCCAGGCCACGUUGGCGCACUUAUGGCUCGCGCAUAUAUUUACCAAUACGCGAAGAAUUGGGGAGAUGCCAUCAAGCACUUCCAACGAGUGAUGAAAGAAACAGAUGGAGACGACACGGUUGGGUGGGUUGGUGUUCGGGCUCGAGAAGAAGUUGCGUGGUGUAUGGCAAUGGACGGUCAACUUGAGACCAGCCUUAGUGAACUGCGCGAAGUUUCUUCAGCUCUGGCCUUGGGUGAUGCGCCCCCAGAUGAUAGGGCACGAGUGGAAUGGCGUCUAGGAAAAUGUUUAUGGGAUAUUGGAGGCGAACGGCGCGACGAAUCUUACAAACGUUUUAUUGGGGCUUUGAAGUUCAACCCGAGCUACGCAUCUGCGUUCACAUCAUUAGGUAUUUAUUAUAACGAGCAUGCGAACCCCCCGGAUGCACUUCGAGCUUCAAAAUGUUUCCAAAAGGCGUUUGAAUUGGACGCAAGUCAAGGAGAGGCAGCGCGAAGGCUUGCCGAGGGCUUUGCGGAAGAGCGAGAAUGGGACCUUGUGGAAGUUGUCGCCCGACGAACUAUUGAGGGAGAAGGCGGGUUGACCGGAGGGCUCGAUAAACCAAGUACAGAGGUUGCUCGUCAUCAGCCAACUUUCGCAUGGGCAUGGAAGGCUAUUGGGCUAGUUGAGAUGAAUCGGCAUAACUAUGCACCUGCUAUCCAAUCGUUUCAAGUGGCACUGAGGGCGAAUGAAGGGCAGGCCAUUGCCCCUUCAAACGAAUGGAUUGCCGCAUAUAUUGUCGGCACCGUUCAACGAGAUAUGGGCCUUCACUUAGAGGCAGUUGAUACAUUCAACAAGAUACUGGCUGAUCACCCUGGGCUUGAAGAUCCUAUGAUUAUCAUUGGGCUUGGAAAAGCUUACCUGGAACUAGGUUGUUUGGAAGCUCAGACAGGCUAUUCUAUUCGCGCCGAGAUUUCGUGGUGUUCUUCGUUGGACUAUGCGUUUCAGUUGAUUAGUGAGCCAAUAAUGCAGGUCGCUCGAAGGGUUGGAUGGAGAUUGGCUUAUGAUGCCUUGACCGAACUUGGCAAGAAGCGGGUAUUCUUGAACGUACCUGCAGUACAAGGCGCGCUUGCCCCGCUCGCAGAGUCACUCGUAGCACGUGCAAAAGAUUUCGAACGUCACUUAGGAGACGCCUUCUUGGUUUCUGAAAUCGUUGAUUCUUUACUUGGUGUCCCAAGCGGCGGGACGGCACUCAAGAUGGCAGCCGCAGUCAGCGCAUAUCUGGUAACACUUUCGACCGACAAUGAAGAUUCUCUGGCAAAUUCAUGGGCUGGGCUUGCUAUAGCUACUUUUAAUGCUAGACCAUUUGAGAAUGCUAUUGAGCAACGGAAAAAAUUAGAGUCUGUGGCGAUUGUGGCGGUGAAACAUGCUCUACGACGCGAUCCCUCAAACGACCAACUCUGGAGCCUUUAUGGGUCCUUGUCAUUCGCUGAUGACCCUAAAAUCUCACAGCAUGCCUUCAUAAAGGCAAUAGAAAUAGACGGCAAGGAGGCUGAUCACUGGGCCAGACUUGGCCUACUAUACCUCAACAAUGACGAUGUCGAGCUUGCUCAACAUGUUUUUGUUAGAUCUCAGAUUCUUGACCCUGAUGCCAGUUUGGCCUGGGUUGGAAAAUCUCUUUUAGCGGUACGCAAUCAAAAGCACGCUGAAGCACAGACACUUUUGGAACAUGCGAUUGGAUUGGCCUCGUACUCUCCUCGAGCAGAUAAGGAGUAUGGGAUCAAGUGUUUUGUGCACACUGCAAAUACAUCUACGGUUGAGACAUUGUUCCCGGCCUUCUUCGCUCUACAGCGUUACUGCCAACAUUUCUCCGACGACUCAUCUGGAUUACACUUGUUAGCUCUGGUCGCAGAACGCCUGGGUCUUAUCUCGCUGGCUACCGACCUCUUGAUGCAGGCCAUUCCGAUAUUAGAAACCUUGUAUGAAGCAACGGAGGACGCGCAUAUUGCUGAGCACUAUGGGAUUGCUAAAGUUAAUCUCGGACGACUACAGCUAGCCGAGGGGGACUACUCUGCUGCAUUAGACGCGUUCAACACUGCACUGGCUUUGUUACCUGAAUCCACUGAGGACGACACAAUUAAAACAUGUCGUGCCCACGCUCAAGCUAGUUCAGGAAUUGCGCAUUACAUGCUAGAUGAUUUCGAAGCUGCUGUUGGAAUGUUCGAGGCAGCUGUGGCGAGUGCACCUGUAUCGACGCAUGUGCGUGAAAACGUCACCAUAUCACUCUGCCAGGCUCUUUGGGAGGUGGGUUCUGAGGACGCGAAAGAGGCAGCGAAAUCCCAGCUGUUAGAAAUGGUCGAACAAGACCCCUCUAAUUUAGAAUGCAUUGUAAUGCUUGUGGCGAUCGGAACACUUAACAACGAACCUGACCUGGUAGAUGCAGCGUUGUCUGAAAUCCUCGGUAUGCCGACCGAGAAGCGUCAGGUUCUAGAUCCCGGCCAUCAAGUAGAUCGAAUACUAGUACAACAUCACAUAGCACAAGGCAACCUUGACCAAGCGCUCAAAGUCGUUCGGAACGCCGUCGCCCUCAAAUCUGCUACCACUUCUUCUACUAGAGCCUUAUUGGAGUUCCUUGUCCAAACAGGAGACGACAAGGCUGUUGAAGUUGCUAUAUCAGCAUUAAAGAAUAUCUCCGAGAGGAAUGAACUUAGUCCUCUCCUAAGGAUUGCUGGUGUUGCCAGUGCAAAAGUGGGCAAGCUGGAGCCCAGUGUUCAGAAGGGGCUUGAAAAGGCUGUGAUGCUGGCUCCUUGGGACGAACGCAACUACCUUGCAUUAACAUAUGUACUGAACAGAUUACCAAAAGACACUUGA